CGGUGGCCAUUGCCUUCGCCCAGAGUUAGCGUAGCCGGUUCAGACUUCGGGGACCGAACACCUCCGAGCUGGGAAGCGGUUCCCUCCCACCCCUGCUAGUUUCUCUAGAGGCCUUGGUUUUAACAAGUGUUGGUACCUGCCCUGGACGCAUUCUGACCUGGGUCUUCUCUCUCUCUGGAGACUUCGUGCCUAUGGCUGGGGACAGUGGGAGGUCGUUGCCUUGACGAUGACAGUAUGCGGCCCGCAGUCCUACAGAGGCAAGAAUAAUUCCUACUGGUAUUGAAUUAAAAUGGAAAAAUAUGAGAACCUAGGACUGGUUGGAGAAGGGAGCUAUGGAAUGGUGAUGAAGUGUAGGAAUAAAGAUAGUGGAAGAAUUGUGGCCAUCAAGAAGUUCUUAGAAAGUGAUGAUGACAAAAUGGUUUAAAAAAUUGCUAUGAGGGAAAUCAAAUUACUAAAGCAACUGAGGCAUGGAAAUCUGGUGAACCUGUUGGAGGUGUGUAAGAAAAAGAAACGAUGGUACCUAGUCUUUGAAUUUGUUGACCAUACAAUUCUUGAUGAUUUGGAACUCUUUCCAAAUGGACUAGAUUUCCAACUAGUUCAAAAGUAUUUGUUUCAGAUUAUUAAUGGAAUUGAAUUUUGUCACAGUUACAAUGUCAUACACAGAGAUAUAAAGCCAGAGAACAUAUUAGUGUCCCAGUCUGACCUUGUCAAGUUAUGUGAUUUUGGAUUUGCACAGACACUGGCAGCUCCUGGGGAGGUUUAUAUGGACUAUGUGGCAACCCGAUGGUACAGAGCUCCAGAGCUAUUGGUUGGUGAUGUCAAGUAUGGCAAAGGGCCCCAGAUCCCUAAGCAGUGUUCUGUUCUUCUCUCUAAGCUACAUUUCUGGUCUCUUUGUUAUUUCUAUCAUGAUGUACAAUGACAGAGAUGUGUGCUUUUCUCACUUACAGGUAGUCUAAUUCCAAGACAUCAGGAGCUCUUUUAUAAGAAUCCUGUGUUCGCUGGAGUAAGGUUGCCAGAAAUCAAGGAAACAGAGCCUCUUGAAAGACACUACCCCAGGAUAUCUGAAGUUGUGAUGGAUUUAGCAAAGAAAUGCUUACAUAUUGACCCAGACAAAAGGCCCUUCUGGGCUGAACUCCUACACCAUGAUUUCUUUCAUAUGGAUGGAUUUGCUGAGAGGUAUAGUACUGACUCAUGUUUUUCAGAUUACACCAACCUAGAGUUAAAAUUUUCUCAGGAACUACAAUUAAAAAUACAGAAAGAUACCAGAAAUAUUUCUGUAUCUAAAAAAUCCCAAAACAGAAAGAAAGAAAAGGAUAAAGAUGAUCCCUUAGAUCAAGAGAGAAAAACUCUUGUGGUGCAGGAUACCAGUGCUGAUCCCAAAAUUAAGGAUUCUAAAGUAUUUAAAAUAAAAAGGUCAAAAAUUGAUGGAGAAAAAGUUGAACAAGUCAGUGGAGCUUCAAAUGCCAGCUGCCUCCAUGACAAUGGGAUGAGCCACAUCAAAACAGUGCCUUCAACAAGCCUCAGAGACUGCAGCAACGGCAGUAUGGGUCACACGAAGAAUCCAGGAAUGGCAAUUCCCCCGCUUAUGCACAACCUUGCUACAGGGGCUCCCAAUGUUCAUUCUGGAAUGAGUACUCUCUCAGGAGUUCAGAGUAACAGAGUGGGUGAGAAGACCAAGAAGUAUUGUAUUCCAUUUGUUAAACCAAACAAACAUUCUCCAUCAGGGAUUUAUAAUAUUAAUGUGACCACAUCAGUCACUAGUGAAAAGAACCUUCUUCAGGCACAUAAGAAAAGAAGGGAAUACUCAAAGACAGACAUCCAUUUGCCUGAACUAAACUAUAAUCAUCUCCCUGAACUAAGAGCCUUGGAAGGCAUAGCUCGAAAUUACAGGCUAAUAAGGAAAGAACAAAAAUCUUCAGAAUCUCGAAUUCCUUCUCUAGCUGCUAUUGACUCGCACACUCCCAGUAUUGCAUUACAUCAGGUACAGAAAUACUCUUUAGGUAGAAUGGAACUUGGAUCUCUCAUACUUCAUAUUUAUUAAAGUACCUUAGGGAGAGUUUGCUCUUAAGGAUUGAUGGGAUCUAUCAAACUUUCCUUGUUAAAUUUUGUUUUGUGGUUCAUUGCACUUAGAGUCAUCAAUUUUUAUAUAGAUUAAAAAUUGUGUGCAUUUGUCUGUGUGUAUAGCCUAGCUUUGGCUUUUAAAUAAAUAUAGGUUUUGUGGUAGUUUAUAGUAUUUCAUUGCAUUAUUCCCAGAGUUAAAACCUAUCUUUCUUUUCUUUCUAUUAAAGUGUCAUUACUAUACAAUCUUAUGUUUGUUUCAAAUGUACAUCACAGUGGUGCAACAGUCUCUGUGAUCAUCUUGUAUUUUGAUUGUGAAUUAUUGUGCCCUUUUAUCCACCUCCCCUCCCACCCUGUACCCGUCCUAACUCCUCCCCCUUGGUAACCACUAGUCACUUCUCAGUGUUUAUGAGUCUACUGCUAAAACCUAUCUUUCAAGCAGUGGAACUCUGGGAUUGAUUUUAUUCUUUUAAAAUGUAU